AUGGUUCCACGUGGACCCGAUGAGGACGAUAAUUACUCGAUUGGGGCAGAAUUUCGAGGCGAGGAGAAGGUGUUCGGCGGUUUGUGCUUGGAUUCCAGACAAGGCAUCGAUCACCUGAAAAUAGAGACUACAAACUACAAUUGCGAGUUAGCCUCAGUGAAAUUUACUCCACAAAAAGUUGGCGUGGUCUCUACCUUGAAUUUGAUUCAGGGAGCGUGUCCUGGACAAUCGAUAAGUGCCAAUCGGCGUCCAGAUGAUGACGUCAUCGUUGAGAAUCCCAAAUCCAGCGUGUUUCUUCUCACUUCUGACGACGUGGUGGCUCCAGAUGACGUGGCAUGGGCGUCAAACGCUGACGUCGAUCCCAUCUCGGCGAUUCUUCGUGUUAAUGUUGUUUUUCCUGAAUCCACAUGGCCAAGGAUUCCGAUAUUGAGGGCGGAACCUGAAGUGGAAGGUGCUGACGUCAUCUGGUAA